AUGGUUACUAAUACUACUCUUAAUAUCGCCCUUCAGAAUCAGUCGACCUGCGACACGGUCUAUGCUUAUAUUACCGGCCUGGCCCUCGACCACAACAAUGCCUGGUUCAUCCUUCAAGCAGACGGGCAGACGCCAUACUACCCAGAGUCGCCCGAUUCAACCGGCGCUGCUCUCGCGGUAGAUUGUGGGAUACCACUUGGGGAGUCGGGAUGCACGAGAACGCUGACGAUUCCACGGAUUGCUGGAGGCCGUAUUUGGUUCUGUCUCAACGACAAACUAACUUUCCUCUUGAAUCCCGGUCCGGGCCUCGUUGAGCCGUCGGUCAGUAACCCAUCUGAUUCCAACUAUUCGAAGGAUUGGGGGUUUUGCGAAUUUACGUUCAACGACUUCCAACUCUAUGCCAAUAUAUCCUAUGUGGACUUCGUCAGCAUCCCAAUCGCUCUAUCCCUACAGAGUGCAUCCGGAGAGAUCCAACACAUUUCAGGAAUCCCCACAGACGGCCUCGAAACCAUAUGCUCCAGCCUAAUCGCACAGAAUCGCAUUGACAGUGUCGGAUGGGACCAACUGAUCGUAAGAAACCCCUCUGGCCAGCCGCUCCGCGUCCUUAGCCCCAACACUGCUGGUGUUAUGAACCCCACCCUCUUCACCAGCUACUAUGAUGACUACGUUUCCGAAGUCUGGUCCAAAUACAGCACCCAGUGCCUAAGAAUUGACACCCAAGGUCAGUGGGGAGUUGUAGAAGGCAACGUCACCAACGACCUCCUGGAAUUCCCUGGCAUUGGCACAUUUAAUCGCCCUUCUACCGCGCACAUCUUCUCCUGUAGUAAUGGCCCCUUCGCCGCUUCACAUGCCAAUACUAUCGCAAUGGGCGGCCUUACUGCUCGUAUCGCCGCAGCCUUCAAUCGAUCAACCUUAUUACUAGGUGACCAUCAGCCGUGUAGUAAUGUGCAAGCUUAUUACUCGACCAACCCGACAAACUACUAUUCGAAGAUUGUGCACAGCGCGAAUUUGGAUAAGCUUGGUUAUGCCUUUCCAUACGAUGAUGUAACGCCCACUGAUGGCGCGAACCAGUCCGGCUCUGUAUGGGAUGGCAGUCCGCAGCUUUUCACCGUUGCGGUUGGUGGGUUGAAUGCAUACACGUAA